AUGAAGUAUCCUAAAUGCAAUAUACGUAAAGAUUGAGACCUUGUGACUCAUCUCAUAAAAUGCUCCUCUGACAACAUAUUCGAUGAAGACACCUUUGUGUGUGAGAGAUGUGCAAGCAAUCUUUAUAUAGACGAAGAUCCCAUAAAGAUACCGAAUCUUGAAAUCAUACUAGAUUGCCUAAAUCUUGCUGAGUACAACUUAACCCAAAUUGACUCAUUCAAAGAAGCCCAUAACCUUGAUAAAUUAUGGAAAAAGUUACUGCCUGAGCUUGAAGCAUUGAUCAUAAGCAAUAUUGAACUCAAAGAUGACUUGGAAAUAACAAUUACUGAGAAUAAUUGGAGAAAGAUUCCUUCCAUUCAUAUCCAGUCUAAAAAUCUAUUAAGCUCAGUCUUGAACUCCAAACUUUACAAAGAAUAUUGCAGACAGUCUAACUACAUGAAGUUCUGUGACCAAGAAGCCAAGAAGAAGCCUAAGAGGCUUUCUAAGCUUCAACCAGAAGAGUCUAAGCUCAGUAUUGACAAAUCUGAGCAUGAAAAAGUUCUUAAGGAACUUCAAGAGACAAGAAAUCUUUGCUUGCAAAAAGACGAGAUAAUCACUCAGAAACAAGAUGAAAUACAGCAAAAGGACAACCACAUAGAAGAGAAAUCUAAGGAGAUCAUGGAAAAUUUUAUUCAAAUCAAAAAUUUUAGUCACCAGGCAAGUGAAGAACAGAAAUAUAUCAAACUGAAAGAAGAAAAGAUCCUUCAACAGAAGGCCCAGAUCGAUAAGCUUCUGAAAAAUCAGGAGCAAAUCAAUACCGCAAACCUUGAGCAAACUCAGUCUGAGAAAGACCAGGAAAUCAAAGAAUUUAAACUUAGGUUGUCAGAGCUUGAGAAAAAAGAUAAGAUACAACAAAAUAUUAUUAGCCAGUUACAGAAGAAAGUAACUGAUCAUCAAGCUCCAAAGAAACUUGAGACUAAAGAUGAUUACUUAGAUGCUUAUGCAGAAGGAUUUAAAACAUUUUUGAAGGCUUUAAAGGUGCCUCUAAACUUAGAAAUACCUGGAAUUGGAGAUGUUAAGGCCCAAGCUGAGUUAUUAAAGAAUAUUUCAAAGAUAUCUACACAAGAUCAGAGAGUCAAGCUCGCUCCAUUUUUGGCUAUGAAAUAUGAAGAUAUGUGAAACCCAAAAGGAGAAAUUCAGCCUAAUGUUAACCCUGCAGUGAUUGGGAGAUCAUUCCAAGAAAGAGAGUCUAAUAAGUCAACUCCCAAAUGUUCUGCAAAGGAUUUUCAAGAUAAUCUGCAAAAUCCAGCAGCUGGAUCGCACAAAAAUAUAUCUGAAUCUGAAACAGAGAUAGAGCCCAACACUUUGAUACCAGUGACACCUGACCUUGCUUCCUCAAUAGCCACUCCACCUACAUCUGAAUCCCCAAUAAAACUCCAGCUAAAACCCUUACUCUUAAAAUCUCCACUCCCCACAACUGCACUUCAUAAACUCCUGCAACAAUGCUCGACCUCUGACCAGCGUGCAGAUUUCGUCAGUACAAUACUAACUCAAGCUAUCGAAGAAGACACCAACCAGAGUAACCUUCAAGGAAAAGAAUGAAGAGUAGCUUCGUAUGCAAGCUUACUUGUGAAGCUAAAGAAUAAGGAAGCCCAGGAUAUUAGGAAACAGCUUCAGGAAGGAGUACAGGUGAAAAAUUUUAAUAUGAAGAAUGGAGAUGGACCUUUAAAAGAAGAGGUUUAUAAACAAAGUAAAGUUUUGUUCUUGGAGGUGGCCAGAGAGUUGGUUAUUAAAAGAAAUAUGAAAGACAAAAGGAAAGAAAUUAUUGAAGAGUAUAAAUGAAAGUUAUUUAACUAUCUUAAACUCAAAGGUGAGUUAUAUAUGAAUGGCUUCUGUGGGGUCGAUAUUCAAAUUAGUAUAUUAAAAGCUUUACUUGGUCAAGGAAAUGAUGAGUUUGCUCUAAAAGCCACUGGGUUCACAAUUGAAGGAGCCUGAAUACUCUUACAAAUUAUUGGGACUAAACUUAGAAAGAGGUUUUCAUGAAUUGGCCAGAAUGGAGAAAACCAACAAGAGAAGAGGAAGCUUAAAAAAGUAAAGAAGACUUAUAAUGAAAUUAUCAAAACUCUUAAGAAUUUAAAGAAACGUGAAUACAUGAAUACAAGGAUAGGAAAUUUAAUUGAAGAGGCGCUGAGUGUGAAGAUCGAAGAAUUACCUACUAACAAUCAGAAGAAAGAAAAUAGGGCUGUUAUUGAAGAGAAGAAAGAACCAUCUCAAAAAUCAGUCAGCGAGACUUCAAAAGAAUGUACCUCACAAUUAUUAGCGAAGAAGGAGAAAUCUGUUGCUUUUAAUUAUCUAAAUAUGGAUUCAGCCUUUCCUCCUCUAUCUUCUUCUGUUAAGCAGAGUAAGAUUCAACCAUCAGAACCAAAAACAUCUCAGAAUUCUUCACAUCUUUCAGAUAAUGAGUUUGUCUCUUUUUUCAAAUUAACCAAGAACAAUCUAGCUGAGUCACCAAAGGGUAAUUCUAAAUCUAUCCAACUUGAGGCACUGCUUGACAAACUUAUUCUCUCUGAAGACAUUCAUCUUGUCAAUUUUCCUAAUUUCCUUAACCUCUUAUGCAAGGAUAACAGUAUCACUAAGGAAGAUAUAGAAGCUGCUCUUGCGUCCUUUUGGAACAAGAUUCGUAUAUCUAAGCAUGAUUUUCCAAAAUUAAUCGGAACAUUUGUAGGGUUGCUAUACUCUAUCUUUGUUGACAAAAAGAUUGCUGAUUUCCACAGAUUCAUGGCUGGAGUUGAUUAUAAUGCAGUUCAAGACGAUCAAGGCAUUGACUCUUUUGAUGUUUACUUUAAAAUUUUUGGUACUUUCUUGCAUCUUAUCCAGUUAACACUAGGAGAUAAAAAAUUGACUCACUACUAUAAUCAUUUUCAAAUAAAAGAGGCUUGUCUUAAACUGAAAUCCCUCCCACAUCGCAAAGAGAUUUUCAAAGAACUGGCUGAUCAAGGUAUUUCAGAAAAGGUCAUUAUUCUAAUUGAUGUUAAAAGUUAGUGGAAUAUAAUUC